ACUCCCUCUCUCCUUUCUCUAUCUGUCCCAAUCUCUUCAACCUCUGCUUCAUUAUGAACUCCAAAGCACUCAUUCACAACAUAAACGUGAGCCCCAUUUCGUUCAUCAUGAACUUCAUCCUUCUCACCGCUUUAAUCUUUCUCCUUUAUUUUUCAUCGCUUUCUGUUUCCAUCGAGGAUGACGUUGUUUGCCUCGAAGGUGUCAAGAACUCAUUUUCCGACCCAAAUGGAAAACUCAGCACUUGGAGCUUCACCAACACCUCCGUGUCCUCAAUCUGCCAGCUCGUCGGUGUUUCUUGCUGGAACGAGAAGGAGACCCGCCUCAUAAGCCUUCAGCUCCGUGACAUGCAGCUAGCGGGAAGACUCCCUGAGUCGCUCAAGUAUUGCCGAAGCCUCCAGACCCUCGUCCUCUCCGGUAACGCUCUCUCCGGUUCGAUCCCUUCGUAUAUCUGUAGCUGGUUGCCUUAUCUGGUCACCCUAGAUCUCUCCAGUAACCAAAUAUCGGGUUCCAUCCCACCCGAGAUUGUGAAUUGUAAGUUCCUGAAUACACUUGUUCUAAAUGAUAACAAGCUAUCGGGUUCGAUCCCUUAUGAACUGGGUCGGCUUGACCGAUUGAAGAAGCUCUCUGUUGCCAAUAACGAUCUCUCGGGUUCUAUUCCACCGGAUUUGUCCAAAUUUGACGCAGCUGAUUUUGAUGGCAACAGUGGGUUAUGUGGGAAACCUAUUGGAUCAAAGUGUGGUGGAUUGAGUCGUAAAAGUCUCGGGAUUAUUAUUGCUGCUGGUGCUGUUGGAGCUUUGGGAUCUUUAGUUGUGGGUUUCGCUCUCUGGUGGUGGUUCUUCCUGAGAAUCAGUGAGCAAAAGAAAGAGUAUAGUGGUUCUGGUGGUGGAAAGCAAGUGGGCGAUUGGAUUGAGUUGUUGAAGUCACACAAGCUUGCUCAAGUUUCUUUGUUCCAGAAACCCAUCGUGAAAGUCAGAUUAGCUGAUUUGCUAAUUGCUACCAACAGCUUCCACCCAGAAAAUAUUGUGAUUUCUAGUAGAACAGGCGUCUCUUAUAAGGCUGUUCUGCGAGAUGGAUCAGCUCUUGCCGUGAAGAGGCUUAAUUCUUGUAAACUUGGUGAGAAACAAUUCCGAUCCGAGAUGAACAGGUUGGGGCAGCUCAGACACCCCAAUUUGGUACCUCUUUUGGGUUUCUGUUUGGUGGAAGAAGAGAAGCUUCUGGUGUACAAGCACAUGUUCAAUGGAACCUUGUACUCUCAGUUGCAUAAAAAUGGUCAUGGUAAUAAUAGUCAGUAUAGUUUUUUGGACUGGCCAACGAGACUCAGGAUUGGGAUAGGUGCUGCCAGAGGACUUGCUUGGCUUCACCAUGCUUGUCAACCUCCCUAUGUUCACCAGAACAUCAGCUCAAAUAUUGUCCUUCUUGACUAUGAUUUUGAAGCUCGAAUAACGGAUUUUGGAUUGGCAAGGCUCGUGGUUACUCGCGAUCCCAAUGAUAGCUCCUUUGUGAAUGGAGAUCUGGGUGAGUUUGGGUAUGUUGCUCCUGAGUAUUCAAGUACCGUGGUUGCUUCCUUGAAAGGCGAUGUUUAUGGUUUUGGAGUAGUUCUUUUGGAAUUGGUCACUGGGAUGAAGCCAGUGGAAGUAAACACUGGAGGGGAAGGAUUCAAAGGGAAUUUAGUGGAUUGGGUCAAUUGGUUAACAUUGACAGGAAGAACCAAAGAAGCCAUAGAUAAAGCAUUGUUCAAUGAAAAUCCUGAACAUGGGGAUGAAUUUACCCAGUUCAUGAAGGUUGCCAUAUCUUGUGUUGUUUCUAGGCCUAAAGAUAGACCUUCCAUGUACCAAGUUUUCUCCUCUCUGAAGAGCAUGGCUGAGAAACAUGGUUUCGCUGAUCAGUAUGAUGAAUUCCCAGUUGUCUCUGGCAAAGAAGACUCUAAUUACAUUAAGAAUUAGCCUACCAGUGAGGAAGAAGAAUCACAUGUGUUGUGCCUAUGAGAGAUGCUGUAACUGUGUCAAAUUUCACACAAACGCCCUACCUUCUUUUCUUUUUCUUUUUUUUUUUUUUCAUUUGGCAUGACAAUUUGUAACUCUUAUUAUUUACUUCAGAUUCUGGUAACAUCUGUUAUGUAAACAGUAUGAUGCAUCUGGUUCUUUUGUCGUUACUAUCUACCGGACAUGCUCUGUGUUUUCUGAA